AUGCCUCCCAAAGCUGCUGCUGCUCCCAAGGCCAAGGCCUCCCACGCUUCCUACCAGGAUAUGAUCACUGAUGCCAUUGUCAACCUCAAGGACCGCAAUGGCUCCAGCCGUCAGUCCCUCAAGAAAUACGUCAAGGCCAACAACGCCCUAAACGUCUCGGACAACAUGUUCGACUCCCUCUUCAACAAGGCCCUCAAGGCCGGCGUCGAAAAGGGUGUAUUUGCCCAGCCCAAGGGUCCCUCUGGCGGCACCAAGCUCGACAAGAAGAAGGUUGAGCCCAAGAAGGCCGCUGCCCCCAAGAAGGCCGCCGCUAGCACCACCGCUGCCGCUCCUAAGAAGACGGCUGCUGCUGCCGCCGCCCCCAAGGCCGCUGCCACAAAGAAGGCCGCCGCCCCCAAGAAGGCGACUGCUGCGCCCAAAAAGGCCGCCGCCGCGCCCGCCAAGAAGGCUGCCGCUCCCAAGAAGGCUGUCCCUAAGAAGGCUGCCGCCCCCAAGGCGGAGAAGCCCGAGACGGUCCUGACCAAGACCAAGUCUGGCCGUGUCGCCAAGGCCGCCGCGCCCACCACCAAGAAGGCUGCCCCCAAGAAGGCGGCUCCUAAGAAAGCUGCUGCCGCCAAAUAA